UGCGCCACAUUACUAUCAUGCUUGUCAAAGGUCAAACAUUUUUACAAACGUGACCAUAACAUGUCCAGACCAUGAAGUCUCGAAAACUUAAAUGGAUUGCAAGUCUUUUGACUCCGUUUGUACUUUCACCUUUAGCAUUUUCUUCUUAUAAAGAAUCACAAUGCGCUUUUAUUCUUCUAUGGAUGGCCGUUUAUUGGAUAUUGGAGCCAGUACACAUUACUGUAACAGCUCUCAUGCCGGUAUUUUUGAUGCCCCUAUUUGGAAUUCUAGAUGCAUCGGAAGUUUGCUCCAACUACAUGAAGGAAAUAUUGAUGAUGUUUGUAGGAGGCUUGGCUGUUGCAGUUGCUGUGGAACACUGCGGAUUACACGAAAGAAUUGCUUUAAAAGUUCUGAAGCAUAUAGGCUCAGAUGCAAAGUGGCUCAUGUUGGGGUUCAUGUUAACAACCAUGUUCCUUUCAAUGUGGAUCAGCAACACAGCAACAACAGCAAUGAUGGUGCCCAUUGUAGAUGCUAUAAUGUCAGAACUCAGAACAAGUAACCAAAGAGCACACUUGACGACGUCUACUGAUGAUUUAGUGCUUAUUGAUAAAAAUUACGAUAAGCUGCACAUGGCUUUGCUACUGAGUAUAGCAUAUUCUGCAAACUGUGGUGGAACUGGUACCAUUACUGGCACUUCUCCUAACAUGAUACUGAAAGGAUUCAUUGAAGAAAUGUAUCCAGAAACCACAGAAGUCACCUUCGCUUCGUGGAUGUUGUAUAAUAUUCCUGGAAUGAUAGCAUGUGUCUUUGUUGGCUGGCUAUUGCUGCAGUUACUUUAUCUUCCCUCCUGCAAAUCAAAGCAAGAUGAUGAAGAGAACAAGAACAUAAAGAGGGUAAUAUCAUCUCGAUUAGACGCGCUUGGAUCAAUGACUUUUCAUGAGGCAGCUGUAUUCUUUCUCUUUCUGUUGCUCGUAUUUCUUUGGAUAUUCAGGGAGCCAAAAUUCAUGAAAGGCUGGGCAGAGAGGAUAUCUCCUUUAGCCAUCACACAGCAACAUCGUAUAGGUGAUGCUGUACCCGUGAUAGCAAUCAUGUUCCUUCUUUUCCUGAUACCAGCUGAGCCAUGGCGAUUAGGAACUGUAGAAGGAAGCCCUCCUCUACUCCAGUGGUCAGCCAUGCAAAGAAGACUUCCAUGGGGCCUCUUUAUACUACUAGGUGGAGGAUUUGCUCUUGCUCACGGUGCCAAAGCAUCAGGAUUAUCAAAUUGGCUGGGAGAACAAAUGAUUCAAUUUUCAUUUUUGCCUCCAUUAGCGGUACAAUCCAUACUCUGCGUUUUAACAGCGGCAUUAACUGAAGUAAUGAGCAAUUCAACGGUGGCGACUAUCUUCCUGCCAAUUAUCAAUCAGAUGGCUAUUGCUUUUCAUGUACAUCCACUGUACUUAAUGUUACCAGUCACUAUAACUUGCUCAUACGCUUUCAUGUUGCCAGUUGCUACAGGACCGAAUGCAAUUGUGUUUGAUACAGGAUGUAUGAGAGUUGUAGACAUGAUAAAACCUGGUAUUUUUAUGAACAUAAUUUGCUGCUUCAUUCAAUUGAUAAUGGUAAAUUCAUUAGGUGUAGCACUAUUUAAUCUAAAAGAUCCGACGAACUGGUCAAACAGCACUCAGUUAUUGUAUCAAAAUGAAAGUACUAUAGUAAAUUACAAUAAAACUUCUUUUUAACUCAGAA